AUGGAUGAAGGUGCUGCUUUUAAGGAGCGCGAGACAGCGCUACUGCGUGAACUCUCAGCGCUGUACACGAAGCUCAACCAGGUGCGAGAGAAGCGCGUCAAGGCAGAGCAAGAAAGCGGCGAUAGCGACCACGACACGGACGACGAGGGCGUCAAGGGCUCGAGACGGCGUCGUCGUGUGCUGCUGGUCACCCGCACGCUUCCCUUCUGGCUCGUAUCUGAGGAUGCACAAUCGCAAUGGCGUGCCGAGUUCCCGGAGCACGCGAGUCUCAACGGAGCCAUGGAAAUCUUUCAAUCGCUGCACGAAAACUACGAUUGCGUCUGGAUCGGGUCAGUGCAUGGAGAAAUCGAGCCUAGCGAGCAAAAUACUCUGAAAGAACAAUUACUACAGGACCGCAAGUACUACCCAGUAUUUCUGGACGAAAAGAGAGAACGACUGUACUAUCAGGGCUUCUGCAAGACCGUCAUGUGGCCUUUGUUCCACUCAUGUCCACCCACAACGGACGACCAAAUUACGCAGCAUGAAACGAUGGAAGGUGGACAAGAAGACGAGCGCAGUAUGCAGAAGAUGUGGCAGGCGUACGUAGCUACCAACCAGGCGUUUGCCGAUGCCGUACAAGAAGUGUACGAAGAAGGAGACUUGGUCUGGAUCCAGGGCUAUCACUUGACGCUGGUGCCUCAAAUGGUGCAGAAUUUGUUCCCAAAUGACAAUAUUUGUCUAGGAUUCUUCAUGCACAUUCCGUUCCCGUCAGCGGAAUUGUAUCGGAUUAUAAACAACCGCGAGGAGAUUCUAACAGGCAUGCUGGGAGCGGAUUUAAUCGGGUUUCAGACGUACGAAUACGCUCGACACUUUCAGAGCGCGUGUGUGAGGUUACUAGGACUGGAAAGCAGCCACAAAGGGGUGGAUUUUAACGGACAUUUCGCACGUGUGACGAUAUGUCCAGUGGGAAUAGAUGCCGAGAAAUACAUCGCAAUGGUGCAGUCCGAUGCUGUUAAGGAACAAAUGAAGCAGUUGGAAAGCCAAUUCGCACACAAGAAAGUGAUUUUGGGCGUGGAUCAGCUGGAUCAGACGAAAGGAUUGGUGCAUAAAUUACUUGCAGUCGAGGAGUUGUUUACGCACAAACCGGAGCUUGCGAAAGAAGUAGUAUUUCUCCAGAUUGUUACGGGAGCGUCCGUGUACGAGUCGGCUCUGGAGUCUCAAGUUGAGUCGCUCGUGUCUCGGAUUAACAGCAAGUUGCAAGAUAUCGGGACUGAAGGUCCUGUCCAGUAUUUGAAUAAAGAGAUCGCCGUGGAAGCGCUGAUCGCCUUGUACGCGCUGGCUGACGCACUAGUGAUCACGCCUGUACGCGACGGUAUGAACACUGUCCCCUUUGGAUACAUUGUCUGUCGAGAAGCCACAGACAAACAUGCUCGUGUGAUCCUGAGUGAGUUUGCAGGCUGUGCUCAAUCUUUGGGUGGCGCGAGACUUGUGAACCCCUGGAAUACCGAAGAACUGACGGAUGCAUUGCAAGAAUCUCUUCAAGACAACGACGAAGUGAUGCGUGCUCACCAGCAUAUGUACAGCUAUGUGAGUUCAUUUACGUCGUGGCACUGGGCAGAUAAUUUCCUGGAGCAGCUUCACGAAUGCAGUGAAGAGAACGCAUUGUCUGUAUCUGGACGUGAGCUGAGUCGUCGAGACAUGACUUCAGCUUACUCGCGCUCCUCUCGACGACUCAUUUUCAUUAAUUACGAAGGUGUCCUUGCAGCAGAGGCGUCGAUCCCGGAGCUGGCGUAUCCACCACAAGAGCUUAUCUGGCAGCUGUCGAUGUUAACUAAAGAUCCACGCAAUACGGUGGUGUUAGUAAGUGCACGCAGCACGUCAGUGUGCGAGCAGUGGUUUGCUGGACUCUCCGGGAAUCUCGUGCUUGCAGCAGAGUAUGGCGUGUACGUUAAAUGGGUCGGUGAGAACGAGUAUUGGCAUUGUAUGGUGUCUAAUAUGGACAUGAGUUGGUGGGAACAUGUGGUACCGUUGCUGGAAUACUACACUGAGCGUACCCCCGGUGCGUAUAUCGAGAGGAAGGAGAGUUCAGUGGCGUGGCAUUACCGAGAUUGUGAUCUGGAUCACGGGUUAUGGCAAGCGAGUGAGCUCCUGGUGUCUUUACGAGAAAUCACGCGGUCGCUCCCAGUGUCGGUAUGUCCUGGUAACCGGUAUCUGGAGGUACGACCUCAAAAAGUAAGUAAGGCAACGCUGUUUGAACGCAUAUGGGAGUUUAUGAACUGGUCUUUGCUGUUCCCCGACGAAGAUCCAGUGACAACGGAGUAUUUCGGAGAACAAGUACACCCACCGUCGUCACCGAUGAUAAAGCCACGCGGGUUUAAAACGGAGUCGAUAGACGAAGAUACUUUAUCAGCGUUCAGUUUGGACGAUCAUACCGGUAUUGGAAGUGAGUAUCGUGGAGAUCGGAAGGACUCCGUGAGCGUUACUAUGGAUGCUGGAGCGCUGUCUUUAGGUCAGUUGGAAGAUGACGACAAACACGCCGUCGACUUUGUCUUGGUCAUCGCUUCAGGUGAUGACCGAACGGAUGAAGAUUUAUUCUCGUUCUUGGUACCGCCUCCGAUUGAUCUGGAGGCAUAUUGUCGACAGCUGGAGAAGGAUGAUUUUAUCCAAGACCCAGGCGAGUGUGAAGGUGGCAUCGGAUCGUCCAGCUUUGGGGAUAUCAGUGACGACAUGUCUUACAACGCCUUUCGACGGCUAUUGGGUCGAGACGGCAGUUCUACUUCACUCGCUGCAGUGUCAUCUGGAGAGCGAGCAGGUCUGUCGACUGCUGCGUCGUUGGCUCGACUCUCGCAGCCUAAUGACGCGGAUUUCCUCAUGUUAGGAGAGAAUAUGACAAAGCUGACGCCACUCGCUAAGCCUUCAAUCUCUGAAGGUGCGGCGAAUAUGUUCCCAGUCGCGAUGCUGAAUCGCCCGUCGAAUGCUCGACGUGAUGAGAUCACUGAGAAGAGCAAGUUUACUCCUCGUCGUGACUUUCCGCCAUCAGCAGCUUUAUUCAAGGCUAUGAAGGUGAAAUAUGGAGACAAUUUCGGUAUCCACAGACUCCCAGAUACACCGGCAGCUUGCUGGGCACUCGUGUGUCCGCCUACGACACGUGCUAAGCUCGAAGAUGGCGUGGGGGCACUGAGCCCGGAAGGAAAUCAAACGACGUCGGUAUCUACCGAUGAAGCGGAGGACGGUCGGUAUCGCUUCCCCGUCAACACGUUCGUGUGCACUUUGGGUCGCAAACUUUCGCAAGCGCCGUACUUUAUCAAGAACUCUGGAGAUUUAUUCCAACUAUUACAAGAGAUGGGGAUGAGCAGCCACAUUCGCAAGCAGCGAAUGCUCUCCAUGGGCAGCGUCAGCGAUAUGUAA